CCGGUAAAAGUAACCAUAAGCCGGAAAGAGUUAUUCAACAACUUAUGGAACAAAUCCAAUGCCUUAGACAAAAAUUUGAUCUAUGUGCAGCUAUUCUGGUUCCUCAAAGCGAUAUUAAGUUUGCUUUUAAACUUGCAAGAGAGGCAAUUGUUUCUCAAAUCAGUGGCAUCUCCAAGGUGAAAGGAGAAGUUUGUGUCAUUUGUCAGGAAGAAACCGAGGCCGAUCGCAUGUUUGUUUUCGAUAAAUGUCUUCACCGUCAUUGCUAUUCUUGUGUAAAUCAAUUUGUGGAAGUGAAACUGGGUGACGGACAUGUACCCACAUGCCUUGAUUAUGAAUGCAAUUUAGAGCUAACUUUUGAAAAUUGUAGCAAGGUUUUGAAACCCAAGGUGAUUGAGCUGUGGAAACACAAGAUGAUUGAGGAUUCCAUUCCCGUUUCCGAGAGAAUAUAUUGCCCAUAUGUAAACUGCUCGACGUUGAUGUCCAAAACCGAGAUAUCUCGAGCUGAUCAAACCUUUGGGGUCAAAUGUUUUGGACUCUUUUGCAUAGAAUGUAAAAAACCAUCGCAUUCUGAUUUUUCGUGUGCUGAGUACAAGAAACUUCGCCCUGACCUUCUUGUUGAUGACUUGAAGCUAAAGUCUCUAGCAAAGGACCAAAAAUGGCGCCAGUGUGUCAAAUGUGGGCACAUGAUUGAGCUUAUUGAAGGCUGCAACCACAUGACUUGCAGGUACAUAUAUACAUAUUUAACUCGAUUAAGCCAUAUUUCAAGACGAAAUGUUCAUAUUUUAUAAUGUCAACGUGUCUUUUGUAGAUGUGGGUAUGAGUUUUGCUACGAAUGUGGAGGUAAAUGGGAUGAUCAUGAUCAUGAUGAUUCUGAUUCAGACUCACCUUCUUCUGGUUCUGAAUCCGACUCACCUUCUUCUGGUUCUGAGUCAGACUCACCUUCUUCUGGUUAUGAGUCAGACUCACCUUCUUCUGGUUCUGAGUCCGAUUCUGAGUCCGACUCACCUUCUUCUGGUUAUGAGUCCGACUCACCUUCUUAUAGUUAUGAGUCCGCCUCACCUUCUUCUGAUUCAGAGUCGGACUCAUCGUCCUCUGGUUCAGAGUCGGACUCAUCGUCCUCUGGUUUGGAUGAAAGCGGCAGAGAGAAGAGGAAGCGAAGAAGAAGAGCUUGAUUGAGGAUGUUUUGUUUUUCAUGUGGUUCACAUCUUGUUGUGUUUGGCUCUUUAAUAAUUCUUAUGAUGUUGCUAAUAGAACGAUUUCUUUUAA